UGUACCGGCCCCACGCAGGCCGUCGUCAGACGUGCGCAGACCCCAGUCCCCGCCGGUGGCGCUGCAGAAGAAAGAGAGGUGUGGCCAGGCGCGAGGACCCUGUAGCCACAAGGCGCCGCCGCCUGAGUUGCCUGCAGGUGGCUAUUCUUCGUUUUCCGCCGUUCAGGCAGCUCGAAAGGCACUCUGUUUUGGGGUCCUCGCCUCUCUUCCACGUCUCCCGGAAGCGGUAGCAAGGCCUGGGCGGGUUGGAGAGAGUAUUUACUCAGCCUGGACGCUGUCCGGGCCUGCUGCUGAGGGGGCGCAGUGCAGUCGCUCCGGAGUCCUCAGUUCUGAUGGCUAGAAGUCUGAGGUCAAGGUGUUGUCGGCAGACUUGAUUUUUUUCUGAAGCUUCGUUCUUUGGCUUGUGGAUGACUGCAUUCUCCCUGUCCUGUCACAUGGUCUUCUCUCUGUAGGUUCAUCAAUAGGAUUAUUCCGCUGCCAUCAUGUCUUGGUUUGUUGAUCUUGCUGGAAAGGCAGAAGAUCUUUUAAACCGAGUUGAUCAAGGGGCUGCAACAGCUCUCAGUAGAAAAGAAAACACCAGCAACAUUAAAUAUAGCAAAAAUACUGACUAUUCUGAACUUCACCAGCAAAAUACAGAUUUGACUUAUCAGGCUGGAUCUAAAGCUACUUAUAUUUCACCAGCAGCUGAUAACAUUCGAAAUAAAAAAGCCACCAUCUUAGCUGGCACUGCAAAUGUAAAAGUAGGAUCUAGGAUCCCAGUGGAGGCCUCCCAUCCUGUUGAAAAUGCAUCUGUUCCUAGGCCUUCAUCCCAUUUUGUGCGAAGAAAAAAAUCAGAACCUGAUGAAGAGCUGCUAUUUGAUUUUCUUAAUAGUUCACAGAAGGAGCCUACUGGAAGGGUAGAAAUCAAAAAAGAAAAGGGCAAGAGACCUGUCUUUCAGAGUUCUCGGACAUCAAGUGUCAGUUCUGUGAACACCAGUGUAACCACCAUCAAAACCAGUGAAGAAAAUUCUUUUGGGAGCCAGACCCACGACAGUGCUAAUAAUUUAGAUUCUGGUCCUGAAGGCCAAGGGGAUUCUUCAAAGGAAAUUGUAUCAUCAAAUGCUACCUGCAGUGAUCACAACCCACCCAAUGAUGAUGGCAAAUCACAUGAACUAUCUAAUCUUCGACUGGAGAAUCAAUUGCUAAGGAAUGAAGUUCAGUCUUUAAAUCAAGAAAUGGCUUCAUUACUUCAAAGAUCCAAAGAAACUCAAGAAGAGUUAAACAAAGCAAGGGCAAGGGUUGAAAAGUGGAAUGCUGACCAUUCAAAGAGUGACCGAAUAACUCGAGAACUUCGAGCCCAAGUAGAUGACCUGACUGAAGCACUGGCUGCCAAGGAUUCUCAGCUGGCAGUCCUGAAAGUGAGACUCCAGGAAGCUGACCAGCUACUGAAUACUCGCACAGAAGCAUUAGAAACCCUACAGAGUGAAAAAUCACGAAUAAUACAAGAUCAAUGUGAAGGUAAUAGCCUACAGAAUCAAGCUCUGCAGACUCUUCAGGAGAGACUACAUGAAGCGGAUGCCACUCUGCAGAGAGAGCAGGAGAGCUAUAAACAGAUGCAGAGUGAGUUUGCUGCACGCCUUAAUAAAGUGGAAGCAGAACGUCAGAAUUUGGCAGAAGCAGUUACUGUGGCAGAAAGAAAAUACUCGGAUGAAAAGAGGAGAGUUGAUGAGCUACAGCAGCAAGUCAAGCUAUAUAAGUCUAACUUGGAAUCCUCUAAGCAGGAAUUGGUUGACUACAAGCAAAAAGCUACUAGAAUACUCCAAUCUAAGGAAAAAUUGAUUAACAGCUUAAAGGAAGGCUCUGGUUUUGAAGGCCUAGAUAGCAGCACUGCUAAUAGCAUGGAGCUGGAAGAACUUCGUCAUGAGAAGGAAAUGCAGAGGGAGGAAAUACAGAAGCUGAUGGGCCAGAUACAGCAGCUCAGGUCUGAGUUACAGGAUAUAGAGGCUCAGCAGGUUAAUGAAACAGAAUCAGCAAGAGAACAGUUACAAGAUCUACAAGACCAAAUAGUGGUACAAAAAGCCUCUAAACAAGAACUAGAGUCAGAAUUGGACCGAAUGAAACAGGAAUUCCACUAUAUGGAAGAAGAUCUGUAUCGAACAAAGAACACAUUGCAAAGCAGAAUUAAAGAUCGAGAAGAAGAAAUUCAAAAACUCAGGAAUCAGCUUACCAAUAAAACAUUAAGCAAUAGCAGUCAGUCUGAGUUAGAAAGUCGACUCCAUCAGCUAACAGAGACCCUCAUCCAGAAGCAAACCAUGCUGGAGAGUCUCAGCACAGAAAAGAACUCCCUGGUCUUUCAACUCGAGCGCCUGGAACAGCAGAUGAACUCUGCCUCUGGAAGUAGUAGUAACGGAUCUUCUAUUAAUAUGGCCGGAAUUGACAGUGGCGAAGGUACACGUCUGCGAAAUGUUCCUGUUCUUUUUAGUGACACCGAAACUAAUCUGGCAGGAAUGUAUGGAAAAGUUCGCAAAGCUGCUAGUUCAAUUGACCAAUUUAGUAUCCGCCUGGGAAUUUUUCUUCGAAGAUACCCUGUAGCACGAGUUUUUGUAAUUAUAUAUAUGGCUUUGCUUCACCUCUGGGUCAUGAUUGUUCUUUUGACAUACACACCAGAAAUGCACCAUGACCAACCACGUGGCAAAUGAACCAAUCCUGAUAAUUGCGCUGAUUGGUCGUUUUUUUCUGGACUUGGGAUCUGCAAAAAGGCCAAUUGCCUAAAAUUCCUGAGAAGAAUGCACAAGAUUAUUUUAUCACUACAAUCUUUUAACUUUUUAAGUUAUUAUAUAUAUAUAUAUGUAUAAAGUAUUCUGCUACCUAAAUCUUCCUCUUAUUUCCUUCAAAUGGUAAGAGUUUCUAAAACAGAAUAACCUCAGCUCUGCUUUUUCUGAGUGUUCCUAAUAUAUAUAGAGAAAGAUACUGAGGUUAUUCACUUCUGUACAGACCAUCCUGUAUUUUAGGAGACACUGAUUAUGGGUAUAAUCAGGGAAACUAAUUGUACUUAGUGCUAAAAAUAAAAGAUUUUCUGUUUUGAUAA